AUGCCUGCAGAAUACAGUGAAGAGCUUGCGCUUGCGCUGCGUGUGGUCCACGCCGCAUCGGUUCUCACAAAGUCGGUGCUGCGUUCCCUGCAGAACAGCGUCUCAGCCGAGACCAAAGCCGACGACUCUCCCGUCACCAUCGCCGACUUUGCCGCCCAAGCAAUCAUAAUCUCCGCCCUGCACGCUGUGUACCCAGCCGACGCCUUUCUUGGCGAAGAGAGCGCCGACCAGCUCAGGGAGGACGAAGGCCUCGCGGACCGCGUCUGGCAACUCGUGCAACAAGCCCAAAUCAGCGACGUGCAGCACGUGCAGCAGCGAGAAAACGGUCAUGCGAGCUUGAUAUUUCCCGCCACCAAGGAGGAGAUGCUGGAUGCUAUUGACCGCGGAACCAACGCGCAGUUAAAGGGGCGCGUCUGGGUCAUGGACCCCGUUGAUGGGACCGCGACUUUCAUGACAGGGAAUCAGUAUGCAGUCUGUCUCUGCUUGCUCGUGGAUGGCGUGCAGCAGGUUGCUGCGAUAGGGUGCCCCAACCUACGUCUGGACCCUAAGAAUCCAGUCAACCUCAAGGUCCACGAAGAGCUUGUUGACGAGACCGGCUUUGGUGUCCUGCUCUCUGCCAUUCGCGAUGAGGGCGCCCACGUCCGAAGCAUACUUAGCCAUGGUCUCGGCGAACCUUCCAAGCUUGAUUUUCGAUCAAACGCCGGCGGCAACGACGACAAAGAUCUAGACUUCAUCGAAAGCACGCUCGGCAAGACGUCACUUUCACAAGCCGAGCACAAGACCGUCGCUGAAGCACUCGGUGCGAAGUGGCCUGGUACCGUCAUCUGGAGCCAGCAGAUGAAGUACAUUGCCCUGACACUAGGUGCUACAGACGUCAUGCUGCGGUUGCCUCUUGACAAGUCUAGAUAUACACAUGUCUGGGAUCAUGCUGGUGGACAGCUUCUGUUCACCGAAGUAGGGGGUAUUAUCAAAGACAUCAAUGGAGGAUCGAUAGAUUUCUCCCACGGGAGGCGCAUAUUGGGCGACAAGAACUAUGGCAUGAUCGCCACGCAGCCCGAAGUAUUCGACAAGGUGAACGAGGCUGUAAAGGCCGUGCUAGCUCGGAGGACCUAG